AAGAAAUAAAAUAGUACUCCAAAAAUGUAAUCAGAUUCAUUAUAUUUUUACAUAACUAUUGACAUAUUUAGGCCUCUCUACAAGUGUCACAUAUAUAGCUCUGAAUAUAUGGUGAUAUGACAGAUUCCUAUAUAAAAAAAUAAAUAUUACAGUGCUUAAAGCUGUUUAAAUAGAUUUGUUAAUGCAAAUAGGCUUUGUAUUGCGAAAAAAAGAGAAGAAACGUGAAAAUGGGAGUUAUUUAUUAAACAUAAACCUGUGUUGUAUAUACACCAAGCAGUAAUAAAGCAUGGACGUGGGUUAGGACACGAGUGGACAUGAAAUGGUCACUUGAUAAAAUUAAAAAUUUCAAUGUUCGAUUUAUUUAAUCAGAUAAAUGACCAAUUCACUUGAGUCAAGAUGACCGACACUUAAAAUACACACUCAAAAACAUAUAUCUUGUUUGAAUUAACUAUUCGCUUUGGACUUGGCAUGGACUCGGAGUUCCUGAUGAAGAUGUCGGUAGUUGUAGUUUUAUACGCGGUCUUCUCAUUGCUGUAAAUUAACCCUAAACUACAUCUCCCAAUAUUUCAACAAAGUAACACCUCCCAUUCUCCGUUCAUGCACCACGCCCACUAUUUCUCGGUCCGCGGGGAAGUCGCAAGAUGGCCGACGUCGCUUGAAAGUACGUUCCUCUCCUCAGUAUGAAGUUUGAGUGAGACAGAGCGAGGGAGCUUACGGUGGCGGGUUUUUUUUGUUUUAUUUUAGUUGUUUUACUUUCUUUUAUGUUCAGCAAACCAUUUCAUUCCGAACCGCACAUGCCUCGGAUUUCUGUAAGCUAGUUGAGUCGUCAGUCACACCGGGCUAACGAGCUAAGUUGGCUAGUUAGCUGGUCUGUUCGCUGCAGGUUUCGGUUAAAUCACUUGUCUUGCUACUUGUCGAUUUCCAGCACAUACUGUUUAGACUUUACAAAAUUCAACAAUUGCAGUCGGAUACGAAUUAGGAAACGGUAUAAACAAGUUAACUGGCAUCUUUCUGGUCGUAAAUUAGCUACUGUAAAGCUAGUUUGCUAGCAUGUAGGAUUAUAUUUUGGACCUUUUCACCGCCGUCGAUAUCACUAGUGCCGCCGUUAUCUGCCACUGUACACCAGUUCAAAUUUGGUCAUGGUUUCUCAUCGGUCGAUUUUAUAGUAAUCAAACAAUCUGUAAUUCGGACUGGUAUAUUCUGUGCGUUAGACCGAGGACGCAAAGUGAAGAAUGGAUAUAUGUUGCACGUUUAGAUCUGAACCUUAGCCUCGCCCACGACUAGUAUUUCACAGAUUUACAUGCUCAGUAGACACGAUUCAUUUUCUAACCCCGGGUUACUUAGUUACACGUUACUUUACUCAGCCAGAAAGACCGAUUCAUACGCCGAUUGUAACUCUGGAAAGGGCGUACUCAUCGGUCACAUCUCUUCCGCACGAUCACGGCCACUCUUGAAACGUAAACAGGACCGAAGUAGGGAAAAAUAAAUCCACCAUGGGAGUUCAGGGCUUUCAGGAGUAUUUGGAGAAGCGAUGCCCGGGAGCGUCGGUUCCGGUAGAUCUCCUCAAACUGGGCCGAACUGCGAAUCGAAAUCCUCCACACCACCACCAUCACCACCAUCAUCAUCAUCCCCCACAUCCCCACCAUCAUCAUCCUCAUCACCCAAACGCGCUGCCCGCGCCACCUCCGCCGCCCGCGCGCAUCCUCGUGGACGCAGACUCGGGCCUGCAGCGCCUCUACGGCGGUUACCAGACUGACUGGGUGUGCGGCGGCGAGUGGAAUGCCAUGCUCGGCUACUUGGCGGCCCUGUCGCAGGCCUGCUUGUACCAGGGCGGCCUGGAGCUCGUCGUGGCCUUCAACGGUACGCUGGGCAAAGAGCGCUGGCCCGAGUGGGCGCGCCGAGCGCAGGCCCACAGACAGACCGCGCAGCUCAUCGUCAACCACGUGGGCAGCAAAGGCACGCCGCCCCCGCGAGCCUGGUUCCUGCCGCCCGCCUGCCUCAGCCACUGCGUCCGCCUCGCCAUGUUCCGCUUCCGCGUGCGGGUGGUUCAGACUCUAGAGGACCACCACCAGGAGGUGCUAUCUCUGUACAGAGACUUUGGAUUUCAGGGCCUGAUUGCACAGGACUCAGAGUUUGCUCUAUGCAAUGUCCCGGCCUAUUUCAGCUCUCAUGCACUCAAGCUCUCCUGGAAUGGCAAGAAUCUGACCACUCACCAGUACCUGCUGUCUGAGGCUGCUCGCCAGCUGGGCCUCAAAACCCAGCACCUGCCCAUCUUUGCUGCCCUGCUUGGUAACCACAUUCUGCCAGAUGAAGACCUGGCUGCCUUUCAUUGGAGUCUCUUGGGUCCAGAACACCCUCUAGCCUCCCUUAAGGUAAGGGCUCACCAGUUAGUCCUCCCUCCCUGUGAGGUUGUGAUUAAGGCUGUAUCAGAGUACGUUGCAUCUAUUCAGGACCUUGGGAACCUGGAUGCUGUGGCCAGAGAUGUGUUCAAACAGUCUCAGUCUCGGACUGAAGAUAAAAUUGAAAGAUUUAAGAAGGCAGUGGAAUACUUUUCAGCGGCCAGUAAACCCAGACCUCUAACCAUGGGACCUUCUCCUUACCUCUUGCCAGGCUUUGGGCCUUGUCAGUUUGGUGGUCCUCCAGGCCACAUGGGGGCACUACAGUCUGGAAAAGCCCAGGUUGGUCCACCCCAGGUAUCAGGUGUUAAGGUGCCUUAUCCCGGUGGGCCCUAUGGCCCAGGCCCAGCCUCUGCCCUCCUGUUCCAGAACCCGCCUCCACCACUGCAGGAGUGCAAUGAUUCUCUUGUUGGGAAAAUGGGCUUUGGUGAUUGGUCUGCACCAUAUGAUUCCACUCAAGUUGGCAACCGACUGCCCAAUCACCACUCAGCUGCUCCUCCAGGCCCCUCCCCAUCCCCAUCAUCCUCUUCAGAUGGGGAAGAGCAAAAUGACACCAGCACUAAUCAUUUGACUGAUAAGUCCUCUAGGUGGGAAGAGCCCAGUGGCCAUGGUGGUGGUGCCUCUGGGGACGGUCCCCAAGGCAACGGGAGUGGACCAUCAAUUCCGUCGCUGCUGUCCAUGGCAACAAGAAGUCACAUGGAUAUCACUACUCCACCCCUUCCCCAGGUCAGCGCCGAGGUGCUACGAGUGGCAGAGCACAGACACAGACGAGGUCUCAUGUACCCACAGAUAUACCACAUCCUCACCAAGGGGGAGAUGAAGAUGCCAGUGUGUAUAGAGGACGAGUGUAACCCUGACCUGCCUCCUGCCUCUUUGCUGUUCCGCUCAGCACGGCAGUAUGCCUAUGGCGUGCUGUUUAGCCUGGCUGAGACCCAGCGGAGACUGGAAAGAAUGGCCAUGCGCAAGCGCGCUCCGCUAGAGGUGCCCCCAGUGAUAGUUAAGGAAUGGUGUGCCAGUAAGGCCAAGUCAGCCUUGACCCCUGAGCUAGUCCCAGCUAUGUGUUUCCGUGAGUGGACCUGUCCGAAUUUGAGGCGUCUGUGGCUUGGCCGUGCCUCUGAGGACCGUAGUCGACGCACACGGGCCUUCUUGGCCUGCAUGAGAUCAGACUGUCCUGCCCUGCUUAACCCGUCCUGCGUGCCAUCACACCUGCUGCUCAUGUGCUGUGUACUCAGGUAUAUGAUGCAGUGGCCGGGUGGCCGCAUUCUCCAACGCCAUGAGCUUGAUGCCUUUUUGGCUCAAGCGGUGUCCAACCAGCUCUAUGAGCCUGAUCAACUCCAGGAACUCAAGGUGGAGAAAGUGGAUAACCGUGGUGUGCAGCUGGCUUCUCUGUUCAUGAGUGGCGUGGACACUGCCCUUUUUGUGAAUGAUGUGUGCGGCCAGCCACUCCCAUGGGAUCACUGUUGCCCAUGGGGCUUCUUUGAUGGCAAGCUGUUUCAGAGCAAACUUGCCAAAGCUACCAGAGACAGGGCUGCACUGCUGGACAUGUGUGAAGGCCAGGAGGAGCUGGUGUCCAGAGUUGAGAAGAUGAGGCAGGCUAUUCUGGAGGGCAUCAACCUCUCUCGGCCUCCUCCACCACCCCCACCUUUGCCACCUCCAGCUUUCCUACCACCUUCCAUGGUGCCACCAUUCUACCCUAUGCACCCAUUGUAUCCGCCUAGACCCUUGGGCUCUAUGCCUCCUCCCCACCACCAGCACCGACCAAGAGCUUUCCCAGGUAUCCAGUCUAUACCUCCUCAAGGUGGGAAGCUAGAAAUUGCUGGCAUGGUUGUUGGCCAGUGGGCUGGAAACAAACCGGUGCGUGGCAGAGGAGGGUUCAACGUACAGGUGGUAUCAGUGGGAGGAGGAAAAGGAAGGGGUAAAGAAAUGAUACCAAAGGGAAGGGGAGGGAAGAAGAUUACCACAAAUCGAACACAGACUCUCUCAUCCUCACCUCCCUCAUCCAGCCCCCCAAAGCUGGCAGAGGAGCCCAAAACAGUGGGGCGGCCCGCAGAGAGAGCCGGCGUUGUAUCCCAGCAGCUGAACGGCAGCUCCUCAGGAAGCGCCACUGGCCAACCCGUUGACCUGCCAUCACUGGCCCAGCCAAUCCAGUGUGCCUUAGCCAGCAAAGACAACCAAUCAGGAGAUGGGGUGGAGGUAGAGGCCCCAUGUUGCCUUGACGACUGCUCGUCAGAUGGUGCACUACAAAAAGAGGAGUGAUUACAUCCUAUAGUUUAAGAGAAUGAGUGAGUUGAGAGGGAAUGUUCCAAGUUCGACUGCCUUUUUCCUUGCAAAACAUAAUUAGGCACAGUAGCCACUUCGUGUUGUUGUUAUAAGAAUAAUUUAUGAUGUUACACAUGCUGGAAACUAGAGAUGGACAGUGUGAGAAAGGGUGCGGUCUAUGUCACCUUAACAGUAGGUUCUGAUUUGGAACUGAGCAAAGUAAAAAAUCACAACCUUUUGAAUGCACAUUGCACUGAAUCUUUUCGAUUCUGGACCUCAGCCUUUCCACUGCCCCAUCAGGGUUGUAGCAUUGUGACAAGCUCUCAGUCUUUUCACCUUUCAACCAUUUCCCCCCCCCCGAUUUUAUUUUAGAACACUGGUUGGGUAUAUUUGUACUAUUGCCUAACGUGUGGUGACAGUAGGCCCUUUUUUUUGUCCAAAAUAUACUUUAAUUAAAUCCACAUUUACAGCCAGAGCAUUUUAGGAGAUCAUUUAAUCGUCCUAAAGCAUGUUUUAUUUAAUUCCAGAGAAGACAUUGCCACUUAAACUAAUGCUGUUGAUCACCCUGGCUGUCAGUCACACUUCAUGCAUUUGACAAUUAAACCAUGAGCUGUAAAGCAGAUUUAAUACACCAUGGACCUCCAACUCCCCAACUUAUAUACACAACAUUUAAUAGUUGGCAUGAGCUUUGUAUUGAAUAUUUCUUAAGUAGCAUGUUACACAUUGUGUUGACAUUUAGAAUUAUUUUUUAUAUGCAUUUAAAAUGCAUAGGUGUAGAUAAUAGGUCUCCUCCUCCUUUUUUCUUUUCUUUUUUAACACCUAUUUAUAGGGUCUCACCAAACAUUAUUGUAGUUGUUGGUAAAUGGAUCACAGUAGUUGUCAAAAUCUGCACGUUUUUCUUGUUUUAAACAAUGAUGUUUUUUUAAAUUUAUCCAUAGUACUUAAGCAGAAUCCCUGUUUCUAGUUGUAUUGCAGGUAAGGUUAAUAAUGAAUUAGGACCCUGUCUAGAGUUUAUAAAUUGUCUCUGAUUGAGCACUGUAUAAUGCGAGACACUCCAGUGCUGUCAUAAGUUGAUAAAGAGGGGAUUGUCCUCACAAAUUGUGAUAUGGCUACCAGUGAAUCUAAAGCUACUUGAGCAUGAGAUUAGCAUCAGAUUUUAUUCAUUGUUAGUCAGUAGCACUGUUUGUUUGAAUCGGCCCUUCAAGGGGAAUAAUUCUUUUUCAUCUAUUUCUUUUUCUUUCUUUUUUUUUAAUAACAUUACAGUUUGAAGUUUAAGCAUAAAUCAAUAAGGGUCCAAAAAAAAAAACCAACAAAAAAAACCCCACUUUUUUUAUUGCAGAAAAAUGGUUUGUGUCGCAUUGCUGAAGUAGAUUACAAGUUUCAGUAAUGCAGUUUCUGCUUAUCAAAAUGCUGAAAGGCGUGAUGUAAAGAAAGACGUGAUACUGACGAUAUACCAGUCAGGGAUGGUCUAGCUUUGCUGUCUCCACUCUCAGUAGUUUUUCCAUUCGGUAAAAAAAAAGUGUCUACUCUUUUUUUUUUUUUUUACUAUUUUAAUGAUCAUACAGCACUUGCGAUACCUAUUGACAGAGCAGCAAAUAGGGUUAUAAGUUUAUAUAUAUAUAUAUAUAACAAUUUUUUUUUUCUUUUUUUUUUUUAAAGCACCUUAAUGCCCCGAGAUAUAGAUAUUGAUAUGCAAGCCCCAGCACCAAAUGAUAAUGAAAAUGCUCUUUGAAACUUAUUGUAAUCCAACAUAAAGCACUUAUGUUCUGUAUAAUUACAGAUCAGUACAACUCCAGUUGUUAGAUUACGUAGAUCGAGGAGACUGGGUUAAAGAAGUGAAAUUAGAAAUCUUUUGACACAGGUGGGUGGAAAAGCACCCUCUCUAGUCAUUACAUUACAUUCAAAUAUGUUCUGUUUUUGUGACAUUAAACCCACACAUGUUUUUAGAACUGCCCAUGGACAUCGUGCACUUUUCAUAGAGCAUUUUAUUGAGGGGGAAAAUGGGUUUAAAGUAAUCCGUCUAACAUGAAAUUCCUCCUGCUUUGAAACACAAUUUGGCACCUUGACCCAAAGGGAACGCUCCUUUUGUAAACUAUUUUGUACUCGUAAUAAUAGGAAUGUUGGGAAUGAGCUUUGAUUUGUAUCAAAGAACAAAUACACUAGAGAGUUGCUCUUUUGACAAAUAAUUUUAAUUAGAAAUCUUUAAUACUGAAUUUCAUUAGUGUCUGUGCAGGCAUGUUAAUAAGAUGCACCUUAUUUUGUUACAAUAUACAAUAUAUGAAAAGCUCUAAAUAUAGCAGAAUGACAGACAUAUUUAUGUUUGUAUAUUCUAAAAGGUUUGCCGAAUCCCUUUCAUUAGUUUCACUCAUUUAAGUUUGUAUGCGUGUACCACAGAGAAAUACACAAAUAGUCAGCAGUAACCUUUUAAACAAGUGUUUGUCAGUGGCUACGUCCAAGUCCUUAAAAGUAAAGACAUGAUGUGACUGUCUUGGACGUACGUGAACCAUGAUACGUCGGUAUUAAUCAAGACUAUAGCAUUGCAGGUAGUGUACUUAAACCCACGCGAUACCGUACUAAACCGAUUAUUCUGACGUUCAGACGUCGGUUGUUGCAUUUAAAGAUGAAAUUUCAGCAGUGCUCACAAUGGAAGGGUUCUUCCAUCAUGAACUAAGCACACCAAGAAACAGGAAUACACACAAGCGCACUUGUUUGUACCUAUAAGCAAACAAUUGCAAAAAGUCUUUUUCAGACUGUAGAUCUUUUUUUCAGUUUUUAGUUUCCAUUUAAGGUAGACACAACUUUUAGUAACUUCGCUAAGCAGGCACCAGGUAUUUUCAUAGGAUACCAGUAAUCUCAGUUACAUAUAGCUUAAUCUUAGCCUCAACGAUAUGAACACACCACUAAUUCAGAUACACCCAGAAAUAAACAUAAACAUUUACACACACACACACACACACACGUGCAUAUGUAGAUGUUUUCUUUUAGAGAGACACCAGUUAGUACAAGAGAAAAAUGUACCGUUAUUUAGGAUUUCUUUUUGUAUUUGAUAUAGUUAAUUACUUGUAAUGCUUAAUUAGUGAUUUCAGAUGUGUGGUUCCCAAGUUACCCUUCGCAGAGCUUUUUAAUCUCGCUUUUAUGUAUUCGUUUUUUCCUCCACUGUCCUAACCUCUUUAUUUGCCAUUUUAAUCAGAUAUUUGUUGAGAGUUCAUUAUACCCAACAUAGAUGCAGAUGUAUGAUCAUUUACAGUAUUAAGUAUUUUAAGGGAUCUAUGUUCAGAUUUUUUUUUUUUAGGUACAGCCACCCCUUAUCAUAAUCCUUUUCCCCCUUUUAUCCUAAUCAGUCCUAUUCGAUCGGUGUUAAUAUAGAACGUGUGCGGAUUUAUUCAUAUGGCGUUAGUUACUGUACUGCACUAUUUGUUGCUGAUUUAAGAAAUCCCUAUCUUGAUGUUGAAUAUAGCGUUACUAAUACACACUCUCGCUGUUCACAUCCUUGCUUUCAGUAGUUUUACAAGAACAACCUGAUUUCUGCCCUAUCUUUUCUUAAAAAAGAAAAAAAAAAAAACCCACGAAAACCCCCUGGCCUCUUUUCUCUUCAUCAUGUCUAGACUCUCUUGUCUUUUCACUUAUGUCUUGGUUGUGGACGUUCUUGCCCCCGCUGCAGUGUUGUCUCCUUACCCCGUCAUACUAACAGUAAAGAUAAUAUUAACAACAAUAAUAAUUACGCUUAUAAUCAGUCUGUAUGUAAUCAUAGCCAGAAGUUGGAAACGGAUAUUUUCAGCGUUGAACAAAACAAAGCAAAAAAAAAAAAAAAAAAAAAAAAACCUACCAAAAAAACCAAAACAAACCUAACCAUCUUUGGUUUGAAAUUGUGAAAAUAGUUUUUCUUGCUAUUAAAAAAAACAAACAAAAAAAUAGUUAUUACUCCUUUCACUGUUGCUACAGUUAGUAUUAAAUGCACUUAGCACAGGUAGAUAUUUGAAACUGUAAUGAUUAUAGGUAUUUUUUACCUUAUUGCUAUUGUUUCAGACCACUUCACCAUUAGAAUUGAAUUGUAGCCAUUGGACUAAACCACAACUUUGUCGAACAUUUUUAGACGCUUCAAUUAAUCAGUGACGAUCAUUCAAAAGCCGAUCAAAUUCAACAUUCAACUAUUGCAUCCUUGCACAAAAUCAGAGUUCUCUCUGCUUCUAAAAACCAAAGUGCAUACUUUCUUACUAUUUGUCAACCCAAAUUACAGCUUUUGUUCGUUUGUGGAAAUCAGAGUUCUUCUAUUCAGUAAUUGAGACACACAUUAUGGGUCCAUUGACAAAUAUUAAAUGAAGGAAACAAUGUAUUUACAUUUUUUUUGGUGAAAUGUGGCUGAGGUGUGUGUUGUCCGGUUUCUUUGCUAACAUAGUUUUCUCUUUUAUGAAGCAUAGCCUCAGAUGCAAGUCUCGAUGCGGUUAAAAUCCUAGCACCCUCUACAGUUACAGUUUGGGAAAUGUAGCUUCAUCAGUAGUCGUGGUGAGGGUGAAUGUAAGCACAUAACUGUUAACUGGUUCAGCCACAAGUUAGCGUGAGUCCAUGCCUGUGCAUUCCUAUAGACUUGUGUCUUGAGAAUUUCUUUUUUUUUUUUUUUUUUGCUUUAAAACUCUUCCCUUCUAUCCUUGCUUUGAAGCCCUUCACGUCACAGGACCUCCUGUGUGCUUUUGACCGGUCUUUGUAAGGUUUUGAGCCCGUUAGCGAUAACAGCAAUGUGUUGUGUACAGUGGCACCUUGCCAUUCCCCCUACUUUUGCUAGAUGAGUGCCCUUGUUUUAUCCUCUUCUUUUUAGAGCAUGUUGCCCCUGCAAUGUUGUCGACCCCAGUUUUCUUUGUAGGCAACAUGCUCCGUCAUCCGAUCCGUUCACCAGGAUAAACGCGUUGAUGCAUGCAUCAAGGUCUCCAAAAGAACUUGUGUAGUGAAGGGUGAAAAUUCAUUUAUUAUUAUUGCUGUUAUGGUUAUGAUCGUUAUUAACAGUUUCUCAUUUUUAGUCAAAAAAAGAAAGCACCAGGUUGUUUGGGAAAGAAAUCUUUUUUAUUUGUCUUGCUGUUGUGGUCUGGAUUCACGAUGCAUUGAGAAGAAAGCCAAAAGGCUGAGAGAGAAAGAGUUGAAGUUGGCAGUCAUGUUUGUAUGGUUAGAAGAUGACUUACAGUGCUGAAAUAAAAUUUAUUCUUUUAGUAAAAAAAAA